CGUCGUAGUGUCGAGUUAAACGGUGUACCUGCAAAUAUUGGUUAGCGAUUAGCGGCCGAUGCAUCAAUGAAUAUUUGCCUAACUACUUGUACUGAAUGUUUGGACUCAUCAUUAGCAUCAGCAGCAUCACUUUGCAGUUGUCGUUGUCGUCGCCGGCGUCGAUGUGGUGUCACUAGGGAGGUUAAUGUUUUUGUUGUUGUUGCUGGGGCAACGGUUUAAUGGUUACAACGCCGCUUGGUUGUACUAAGUGUGGCUUAAAAAUGGCUGAUUUUGCAUUUGUGGCAGUUGAUGGUCGUCGCUUGAAGCUGGUUGCGGCAGUACCUGCUGUUGUUGCUUUAGUUCUUUGACAUUGUAGUUGGACAGCUAAAAAGUGACUUGUUAAAAUUUAGUAAUUCAUUAAACGAGUACUAACGAUUAGUGGGAUUAGUAAUUACGAUUACACGUAAUAUAGUCAACAAGAACAACAACAUAAAUAUGAAACUUUGAUGAAUGGCACAAUGCCAAUCGAGUCACAUUUACACAAACACCUGGCUGAACAUCUCAACUCGGAGAUAGCAUUGGGUACCAUAAAUAAUCUGGAGAUAGCCAUGCAAUGGAUGCGUUCCACUUACUUCUACGUGCGAUCAAUGCAAAAUCCCUCACACUAUGGCUUAGAAGACAACACGGAUAAGGGUAUUAUUGAGCACAAACUGGAAAAACUGUGUUUAGUACAAAUACAAGAGCUACAAAAUGCCGGUCUCAUCUCUAGAAACCCCCAAAAUGAAUUAGAUGUGCAGACCACCAGUUAUGGCAAACUAAUGGCUAAAUAUUACUUAUGCUUCGAGACUAUGAAGCAUUUUCGGCAGAUCCGAGGUGAUGAAUCUUUUUUAAAAAUGUUUGAUCUAAUUGUGCGCUGCAGGGAAUUUAGCGAUUUUACUCUAAGAGUAAAUGAGAAGCGUUUGCUGAACGCACUGAAUGAUACACCAUUGAGAUUUCCCCGCCCCGGGCGGAUCAAAACACGUGAGGAUAAAAUUGCAUGCUUGUUGCAAGCGAUACUUGGAAAUAUACCGAUCGUCUCCCCGACUUUGGCGCAGGAAUCGUUGAAAAUGCUACGUAUCGGUGAACGCAUUGCUAAAUGUCUACUGGAGUAUAUGUGCUUGUCGGAGCAUCAAGCGCAUGCAUUGCAUUGCCGCUACAAGGCGUUAUUGCAUGCCGUGACAAUCGCGAAAUGCUUCCACGCCAAGUUGUGGGAAAACUCGGAGUAUGCAGUGAAACAAUUGCAGAAAAUCGGUGCCGUUUACUCAGCUCAACUGGUGUGUGCUGGGAAAACUACAUUGAAAUCAUUGGCAGCGACAGACGCGCGCACCAUUGAAGCGAUACUGAAGAAAUCAUAUCUCUUUGGCGAUGAAAUAUUACAAAAUUUGCAACAAACUUUCCCUGAAUAUACCUUACAAUUGGUCCGAGAUGCACAAAGUCUGGUGCGCGUCUUUGUGCGACAAGUUAAUGAGGCCUUCGUUUGUCGUGGCAUAAAUACGUUGCUGAUUGUUGGUGAUUCCGCGAAUCAGCUGCUGCUCAUCAUCGAAGAUCUCGAUUCAUUGCUCUUGGAGUAUGGUUCUUUUAUGAAAACCAUUAAACUGCCGAAUCCUGAUGCUGAGCAGUUGUAUGCACAUGUUGUUCAUACCACAUUAGUUGGCGUUGAUGUACACGAGACAUUGAUUUUAAACGAUCCUGUCGUAGAAAACACAAAUGUAUUUAAAUCAAAAAUGUCUAAAAAACGAAAGCAACAAACAAAGAUAACGUCAAAAUGCAACAAAAAAGUAAAACCAAACUUCUCCAACACUAGUGAUGCAAUUUGCGAUACAACGAUCGACAGUACAGUGGCAAACAAAAGUCAAAGUUUCUUAAAUUUACAAAGCUUUACUUUUUCGAAAUCAAAACUCAGUAAUGAUACCAUUAAAUUGAAGACCGUUGAACUGGAACAGCACUGUGCACAGAGUAAAUCAAAUUGCAAAAAGUAUCUCAAUAUAACAAAUACUACCGUAAAUGAAGAAUCAUUUAUCACCUCAGUUAAACAAUUUAAUGACAGUUCAACGCUCGUGCAAAGUAAAUUAACGCAAUAUUUCACACAAAGGAAGCAUAUAAAGGAUAAAUCAUUAACGAUCAAAUCAGUGCAAAGUGAUGAUGAAUGUGACAUUUCAAAGGCAGCUAAGUACGUGCAAGAUAAGUCCGAAGUAAUGCUAGAUAAAUCGCUAGACCCAACUUCGUUCAAAUAUCAGAGACUUUUAAAACAACGUGAUCUCGAUUUUGACAAAUUAAAGGAAAGUAAGAAUAAACAAGUGAAUGAGCGAGAUUUAACAGCUAUCAAUAAUACAACAGGUCAAAAAACACCAGAUUCAGUAGAAAUUACGAAGAAUAGUGUUGAAGAGUGUUCUAAGCCAGUUAAUGAAGCAGAAUCAAAAAACGAACGGGAAUCUAUAGUGCAGACGCUUCGUGCAACAACACCAGAAUUACACGAAAUUUCUGCGUUUUUGGAUACCCAAAAAUCAAGGCGAUCUAACGCAGAAACACAAAGGUCGAAAACCGUUGAAUGUUUUGAAAUUUUGAGAAACAGUCCAAUAGCAGAUUGCAGUAUUUUCAAUUAUACACAAAAUUCUGUACUGCUGAAUACACAAAGCUCGAGACCUAAUAGUGAAGCAGUGCAAAAUAAUAACACCGUUACAAGCACUGAAAAUCCAACACUAAGAUACACUCAAAGUUCAUUUCUCGGCAUGUCGAAGAAUAAUAAAAAGCUUUCCAGCUUUUUCCACAAGUCCGAAGAUAAAACAAUCAUUUCAUUUGAUUCCUCAGUGCUAAAUGUAAAAAUAUUAAACUCCGGAAUCUCCAAUAUGAUGCAAAAAGAAUUCGUCAGAAGCAAUGCUAUUCCAACUAAUAAUGAAGAGCCUUUGGAUCUAACUAGGAAAUCCAAAUCCUCAAAUAGCGCUUAUAAAAAGGAUGCCAAACAUUUAAAAGCUACCAAUCCAAUCAUAAUUUCUCAAAAUACUCUAAAUACAGACACUGUUAAAAGCGCAAAGCUCUCACGCUCACAUCUGCAGAAUUCAGAGAAAGACCACUGCGUCCUAGAUCUGUCACGGAAGUCUGAAACUAAUUUGAAUAUGUCGUGGUGCGACAGCAAAGCAGUAGACGAAAUUUCUGCCGGUAGGAUUACACUGACCAGCAAAAGUUCCGAAGUUCCGCUUAAGACCAGUCAAAAAAGUAUUGAGAAUUACAUACUUUGUUAUAAAGUAGCCUCCGCUUAUGCGCGUCUUAGUGAAAAAGAUCGUACAAUCGGAAAUUUCAAAACCCUCUACAAACGAGUGCGGCACACAAAUUCAGGCAUAGAUUAUAUAACUUAUAAAUUGAGCCACAGUAGCAUCAGUCACGAUGAAGAGCCAAAGGCAGUGCCAGUGCAGAAAUCCAUGACCAGACACGACAUAAAUAGUGCUAUAAUGGAAAGUUGUUUAAAAAAAAGUGAACUACCCUUAAAUAUGUCGAAAAAGUUGAUAGUUGAAAAACAAGUGAAAAAUGUGCUAAAUAAUGCUAAUGUCAAACCAAUCGCACCGGUAUUACGGUCCAAAUUAAUAAAAAUAAAAAAUAAUGAAGAAAAAAUGUGCGUGCAAAUGUCUAAUAAGAAUACAAAUCAAGAUACGUCAUCUAUGUUUCCGAAUCGUUAUCGUUUGCAGUUGAAUGAAGUGAAUAAUGAAAUUAAGACCGCACAAAAUAUUAAUAAUGAGGUUAUGCACUUAGUGCUCGGCAUGAAGUGUAAAGCUAUUGGCGCUAAAGAAACAUAUCAAUCUCUACAAGGUUUGGAUUACAAAGCAAUCGAACAGGAUGCAGAACUUAAUGAAAUGCAAAGUUUGCCAAGUAUGUCAUUCGAAGAAUAUUGCAGCUAUGUACUUCAAACACCGACUAAGUAGUAAUUCAAGCAACACUUUUUUAGUUUCUAAGCUGUUAUAUAUCCAUCUUAUGUACUUGUACGGAAAAUAAUGGUAAUAAUAUUUAAUAAUUAAUUUUA